AUGGUUUGGAGACCUCGCAGAAACCACGCAGCUGUUGGCCACUCCAGCUUACCAGAUCGACCCUGGCGUUAUGGAUUGGAUGCGCCAAACAUUGGCAUCAAUCCGGCGCUGUUUGAUGACCAUACAUAUGCAAGGUACAAAGGCUUGUUGGCACUUAUUGAGCGCCUACAGCAGCGUCAACAACAGCAGCAGCCGCAACAACAGCAGCCGCAGGCACAGCAGCCGAAACAACAGCAGCAGCAGCCGCAACAACAGCAGCAGACGAAAGAACAGCAGCAGCCGCAAGAGCCUCCCUGCCGCCAGCAACGACUGGCAGCAGUCUACAACAGUUACAGUAUGGUAAUACGCCAACGGCAUUUCUCCCCCAGGGGACCGAGUGGCAGAGCUGUAUACGCUGAUACGAGCUCUCCGUACUAUCGUCCUGGCAACAGACCGGUGCAGCAUGGUCACCCACCUUACUCUGGAUAUUCGGUGAAGGCACUGUCGGGACACCAGCGCAGUAGUCCUCCAGCGCAGUCUGGCGGUUCGCCACCGCAGUUGCAAGCAUCACCUGAAUCCCUGGAGCAACCCCAGGAGCAGCCAGAGCCAACGCACGAGCAACACCAUCAGCAGGAACAUCAAUUGCCUUCCUGGCCAGGCAUGGUGGACCUCAGUGACGCACCAUUUUCACUGAAUGCAGAUUUAGCAAUUCUACUCAAAACGGAACAUAGAUGUCCGGACGAAGAAGAGCUGGAUGAAUUGUGGCCGGACCUAUCACGUGAUGAGAAGAUAGUACGGGCUGCCAACCUGGACCAGAGAGCAGACAUUACCAUGGAAUUAUUUUCAGUGUUUAUGAAGAAAAGAGCACAACGCGAAGCAGAGUAUGAGAAAAAACGAAACGAGCAACUCACCCAGUUGUGAGGACAGUCCGACAUCACUGGCGAUGGUGAUAAUCAGCAAGAUCAGUACAUCAAUGGAGCACCU